CUAGUUCCGACUAUCAUUUGAAUGCGUCAAUAGUCCUAAAACACCCUUACUUCCUGAUAGCAGUUUACUGACACAUGACAUUCUGUUGGUGAUACCACCGAACGCAACAGAUUAUAUCAACCGAACUGACCGAUAUUAGUGGCAGCAAAAGGAGUCAUCAUCAAUACACUUUUAUAAUUUUUUUCGCGUGCCAGUUUGUAACGUUCUGCGGAAACCGCAGCCUCUGGGUUCAGGGUUCCAUCGAAAGUUACAAUGUUGCAACUGCAAGUAAGAUGAAACACGAUGUGGACUCUUUCAAUAGUCAGGUGAUUCAAGUCAUUGCUAUUGUAUUCAAAAUUAGCCUUUACCGUUACGAAAAUGAGGUUACGAUGCUUUAAAAAGAACCUGCUCAUUCUCAUGGGUGUUUCUUUAAUUAUUGCCACUGCCAUGAUCAUAACACGUGUAUUAAUUUCUGAUGAAGUCACGGGUGUUGUCGCUCAGGAAAACAUGUUGUCUGAUGACAUGGCAAAGUUUCAGUAUGGUUCGGUUCCUGAAUUGAUGAAGGCGAUUUACAAUGCCAAUUACAAGCAACACGUUCUGAAUGCGGACAAGUAUCCUGGGGAGCCUAAACUGGUCCUGGUUAUUCAGGUUCACAACAGACCAGACUACCUCAAAAUACUAAUCAAGUCAUUGGAAAAUGCAGCUGAGGUCCACAACUUUUUGCUGAUUUUCAGCCACAACUAUUUUUCAGAGGAAGACAAUGACAUAGUGCAAGGGAUAACUUUCUGCAAGGUUUUACAAAUAUACUUCCCCUACAGCACACAGCUCUAUCCCAGUGAGUUUCCUGGGCAGGAUCCACGGGACUGUCCACGAGACAUAUCCAAGGAUGAUGCUUUAAAAACAGGAUGCCUCAACGCUGAGCAUCCAGAUUCAUAUGGCCACUAUAGGGAAGCAUCCAUCACACAGACCAAACACCACUGGUGGUGGAAACUUCACUUUUUGUGGGAGCGAGUGCAGGCUCUGCAUGGUUACAGUGGCUUUGCAGUUUUCCUCGAGGAGGACAACUAUAUCUUGCCUGACCUCUACCACCUUUACAAGGAGAUGGUUGAAUACAGGAAGAGAAGCUGCCCUGACUGCGACAUGCUGGCGCUAGGCAACCACAAUGGCCUGGCAGAGUUUGAUAAGCUCAGCAACAAGGUGCAGACUGCCGGGUGGAUGUCUACCAAGCACAACAUUGGCAUGGGCAUUUCCAGAGAGGUGUACUACAAGCUGAUGGGUUGCAAUUAUGACUUCUGCACCUAUGAUGACUACAACUGGGACUGGACCCUCCAUCACCUGUCAGGAACUUGCAUCUCCAAGCCACUCAAAGUGCUGGUGGCCCAGGGAUCCAGGGUUCUGCAUACUGGGAACUGUGAGCUGCACCAGAACAAGGAGGCCUGUCGGCCCGAGCUGGCCCUACAGAAAGCACAGGAGUCCCUUAAGCUCACCAAAGACUCCCUCUUCCCUCAGUCCCUGGUCCUAACAAACGCAGAGUCAAUGGAGCACAAGGCUCACAUGAAAAACGGCGGGUGGGGUGAUAUCCGUGACCAUGUCCUUUGUAAUAACUAUGCUACACGUCUAUGAACUAAGGGCUUCUCACUCUCAUAUUUUUGAUGUACUGAGGAUUGAGGAAAUAAGUGCCAUUCAUACUUUCAGGGUUCCAAAGACCGCAGUGUGUCUUCCAAGGGUUAGCGAAAAUGUGAUUUGGAAUGUUUUGGUGUAUGCAGCAGCGUGAUUUAUAGCUUGGUUGUUAUUACUGUUAUUACCAAAAGUAACAUGAUU